ACGGCUGCUGUAGUCUGUGUAAACGAGUAAUCACUGGGUAAAACGUAUAAACAACGUAGAAAAAAGUAAGCGAAAAAAUUCAGAGUUUAUCCAAAGAAAAUGCAUAGAUUUGUCAGAGAAAGAGGUGAAGAAACGGUGGUUGAAAAGCAGCGAAAGGAUCGAAUUGCGAUUGAAAACGGGAGCGGUGCACGUGAAACGUACGAAAAUGUUUUGCAAAUGCCAUCAACAUCAAAAACAACACGUGAGAGUGCCUCAAAAGACAGAAUUAGACGAAGAGUGAAAAGAGAGUCGUUGGCAUUUGAUAAAAAUCAAUUAUUUCUGGCUGCAACAAGCAAUGAUGUUUCGACCAUUGAGCGAAUGACGCUCAAUAAUCGGACUGUGAAUGUGACAGAUCAAUUUGGUUGGACGGCAUUGAUGAUGGCAGCAUGCGAUGGACACUUAGCAACAGUCAAAGUUCUAUUUAAUCGUGGCGCUAAAAUUGAUAUUGUAAAUAAACAACUGGAAACGGCUUUGGAUUUGGCCGAAAAGAAAAACCAUCAAUCAGUUGUGAACUUUUUGAAUGGAACACAGUGUGAAACGAUUUGCUUGAGCAGUGACGAUGAAGAAGCAACGAUUGGAGAUGCGAUAACCCCAAAAGGAGUCGAAAAUGCCAGCGGUGCACGAAAAACAAUGGAGUCAUUUUUCUGUGAUAUUUGCCAGGCAGAAUUUUCACAAACCGACCGAAAGUCACAUGCAGCAUCAACGUUGCAUCGAUUCAAUCGAACCGACUCACAAAAGCCACCACGUCACUUUGGCAUUCCCGAAACAAAUGUCGGUUUUCAAAUGCUUCUGCAACAAGGAUGGGACCGUAAAAGUGGACUGGGCGCUGAACGGGAUGGUGUAAUAUAUCCAAUUAAGACAACACUGCGAAAGCCACGCUCCGGUCUCGGUACACAACAACCAAACAAACCAAAAGUCACACAUUUUAAACCGUUCGAUUCGGAUGCCAUCAAACCAACCAAACCACCAUCAAAUCGAACGGUCAGCACCAAACGACAAAUGCGGGCACAAGAAAUGAAAGAUAAACGCAAAGAUCGACGAUUAAGGAAACUUCUUUCAUGACAAUUGAACGUUAUUAUCAUGGAAAUUAUGACAUUUCUUUGUUGAAAAAAAUUCAUAUUGAAAAAAAAAAAAUAUUAGAAAAACACUUUUGAAAACAUCAGUCGAACAUCUCUUGUUCGAUCACAAAAGGAUCGAAAUUUGAAAUAUUUUUUUUGUCCUGAAAAAAAAGAAGGAGAUCGAAAAUUGAUUCGAAUUUUUGUUUCUC